AUGGCAUUUCGGAAGGCAGUGAAAGGAACUGCUCUCAUUGGAGGAGGUGCCAUAGCAACAGUUUUUGGCCUCUCUCAAUUUUCUCAGUAUAGAAACAAACACGGUGCCCUGGUGCAUGUCCAAGCUGCAGAAGCUGCUCUAGUGAAGAACCAUCUCCCCACGAGGGAGCAGCAGAUUUUGGCCCUGCAAACCGUCAGCGAGUUCGAUGUCCUCGUCAUCGGUGGAGGAGCGACAGGCUGUGGCUGUGCUCUGGAUGCAGCCACCAGAGGACUAAAAACAGCCCUUCUAGAAAGAGAUGAUUUCUCAUCAGGGACCAGCAGCAGGAGCACUAAAUUGAUCCAUGGUGGAGUGAGGUACCUCCAGAAGGCCAUCAUGAACUUGGAUUUCGAGCAGUACAGGAUGGUGAAGGAGGCGCUGCAGGAACGCGCCUACGUGCUGGAGAGCGCCCCGCACCUCUCCGCGCCGCUGCCCAUCAUGCUCCCCAUUUACAAGUGGUGGCAGUUGCCAUACUACUGGUUUGGAAUCAAGCUGUAUGACCUGGUGGCAGGAAGCCUGUGCCUGAGGAGCAGUUAUGUCCUCAGCAAGUCAAGGGCCUUGGAGCUCUUCCCGAUGCUGCGCAAGGACAAGCUGGUGGGAGCGAUUGUCUACUACGACG